UCAGUGCUGAAGCUCCUGUGGUAGCAGUGGUGAAACCUUGUGGUGGUAAUAGUUGUGUUUUCUCCCCAUUGUGUCUGACAUGUCAACACUUGACUGGGGGAACUUUCUGACUACAAUGCUGCACUUUUCGCGCCGUAUGUUCCUCGUCAGGGAUUUUUUUCCCUUGAAAUGCUCGUAUUUCUUUCUAAAAUGAGUAGCGAUCGUAGUAAUACUAACAAUAUUUAUGAAUGCCUUUCAAGACACCCCAAGGACACUUUCCAAAUCCGUCAAAAAGAAGACAACCAAGGAAAUAAUAACGUAGCCUUCGUGUAGCCCCGGUAAAUCUAAAUGGGUGACCCACAUAGAGCUCCUGAUACGUGACUGUGGGACAGGCGGUCUCCCUCCCAGCCUGGGCCCGCUUCCUGUCCUUAGAAGGCGAUGAUAAUCAGCGCAGACGCUCUGCACAACUCCACUGUGUGAAUGAAUCUUUGCCGUAAAGCCACCGUGCUCUGCCAGCCCGUCACCAUGAGGAGCAAGUAUUCCCAGUACUACAACCAGAGCCUGAUCCACGCCUACUAUGCCGUUGCUAAGAACAUGACCACCCAGGAGCUGGAUAAGCUCAUUGAGAAUAAAAAACAUCUCACCACCCUCAACCUUGUCAUUGUGGUCCUCUGCACCAUCAUCAUCCUGGAGAAUCUGCUGGUCCUCAUCGCUGUCUGCCGGAACAAGAAGUUCCACUCUGCCAUGUUUUUCUUCAUCGGCAACCUGGCAUUCUCUGACCUGCUGGCAGGCUCGGCCUACAUAGCCAACAUUUUUCUAUCGGGGUCAAGGACUUUUGAGCUGGUGCCGGUGCAGUGGUUUAUCCGAGAGGGCACCGCGUUUAUCGCCCUGGCAGCCUCAGUUUUCAGUUUGCUGGCGAUAGCUAUAGAGCGAUACACAGCUAUUACCAAGGUUAAGGUGUACGGCUCCACCAAAACGUGCCGCAUGUUCCUCCUGAUCGGAGCAUGUUGGGUCACCUCCAUCCUGCUCGGAGGCCUUCCCAUCAUCGGCUGGAACUGCAUCAACAACCUCCCGGAGUGCUCCGCCGUAUUGCCACUCUACUCCAAGAAAUACAUUGUCUUUGUGGUCACCAUUUUCAGCCUCAUAUUACUCUCUAUUGUCAUCCUUUAUGUGAGGAUCUACUUGAUUGUACGCUCCAGCCACCAGGAAGCCACCAACUCACCAGCCUAUGCCCUUUUGAAAACAGUCACCAUAGUGCUGGGUGUCUUCAUCAUGUGCUGGCUGCCUGCUUUUAUCAUCCUCCUCCUAGACUCAUCCUGUGGCAUACAAUUCUGCCACAUCCUCUCCAAAGCAGACAUCUUUUUUGGCUUUGCCACGUUGAACUCAGCUCUUAACCCAGUGAUCUACACGCUGCGCAGCAAGGACAUGAGAAAGGAGUUCCUGCGCGUGUUGUGCUGCUGGGGGGUGCUGCAAAGCGGGCGGCCCUCUGACCGUUGUCUGGUCCCUCUAAAGAGCUCCAGCUCUCUGGAACACUGCACGAUCAAACACGAACACCAGACCACACCCAUCAUGCAAGACUGUACCACCUGUGUCUAAUAUGGUGCAAAACACAUCAGCGUGCUUGUGUGUGCCUAUGUGCGUGUAUGAAUGUGAGCGAGAGCGAGAGAGUAUGUCUGUAUAUGACAUCAAGUGGAGAGGCAGUGUUGGGACAGAAAGCUGUAAAGAAGCAAGCAGACCGUGGUCUGAGAUGCCAAGGCGAGGCUGAGACACAACAGUCUGUGGUGACACAUUCUACAAUGCAGACUUUCUUAUUACAAUCAAACUUGUGUGAAUUCACAAUCAACAUUCAAUCAAUUCACCCGUGCAGUGGGUGUAGAAAACACACAAAUGUUUCAAGAGGGACUUAAUUUAAAAGGUGAGAACUUUCUGAAAUGUGAAAAAAGCUUUUUUCUAAUGGGUACUCCCAUUAGUUAAUAUGGAGUUGCAUACCAUGUAAAUGUAUACGCCUGUCAUCUUGUUUCUUGUUUUUCUUUCUGAACAUUUAAACCCCUAUUAAAAGCCAAAAAUGGAACAAUAGCGUGCAUAAUAUCGCCAAUACGGUGAGUUGUUUUUUGGGCCUUUCAGGAACUGCAUCAAUGCAAAGGUUGCAAAAUUGCACUUUGUAGAUUGCUUAAGUGAUUGUUAUCCUGUGUAAGGUUUAACCACAUUACUCUCCUUCUCUGAUAUAUGUAAACAUUAGGGCCUAGAGAUUUCAUCACUCAUUUACAGAAGUGAAGGCAGUGCUCAGCUCCGCUCAGCACUGCGCUCCACGGAGCCAAACCACCACGACCGUUCCCUCAACAAAACCAGGGCUAUAUAUCGCCUAUAUAACCUUGCAUCGGAUAAAUCUGCUUACAUUUAAUGCAUGAAAUCCUAACUCAUUUUGUAAGCACUAACGUGUAUGAUAUAUUCCAGCUCCGGCUUCCAUCACUAACACCCCUUCCCUCAUUUGUCUUCAUAAUCUGUCCCCUCUUGCUUUUACUGUUGUCUUUUGUAUCUUAACAGUUUCCGUGCAGGAAGGCCUAAUCAGAAAGCACAUUUCCUGAAGUGAGUUGGCACUGAUGAAUUUUACUCAUUGACAGCUGUCCAGCAGCUUUGACUCACUGGACCAAUUAUGUCCUGACAGUGUUGUAGCAACGUAGCAGCAAUGUGCCGCCUCUGUUUGUGCCUUCCUCUCGGGGAAUUCGGCUGAAUGUAUGUAUGAAGUGUUUGGGGCCGGUGCUCCACUGUUGACAGUAUUAUGUAUGAUCAUCUUUUUUUUGGAUAACCAAGUCACUGACGAUCGGGGAGUGGGAUGAAUAGAGUAGGUCACUCUCACUGUGAAUUCUUAAACGGCACCAUGAACAAAAACAAAAAAAAAUGUUGUGAACAUCCUGGUUUAAUUUGCUAGCCAUAUGCCACGUGUAACUUAACAUAUGAACACGUUCAUCGUCUUUCCGAAGACCCCUCGUCUCCCAUACGAAAUAAGAAGUGCUUGUCUUGAAUGCACAGGGGGGUGUGUGUGUCUUGGGGGGGGGGGGGUCAUCCUUAAUUUCUGACAUCCUAUAACACGCAACUUCCUUCAGCCAUAGGAAGUCCUGUUUUUCAUUGUCCGGUUCCUGUUGUUCAGGGUUACACUAACCUUCUUCCUGUAGACACACAUUUCACAGUUCUUCUCUCCCUCAGUUUUUGUUUAUAUUGACUUUUACAUUUAGAUGGCCAAGUAGAAAUGGUGAAAAGCACUUUGGCAGCUUCAGUGAUGUUUGCGUUCCCCCAGUUUUUUUUCUUCUUUCAGAUGGAGAGUUGUUUUAUCUUUGUACCUAUCACUUCAUUGUGUUGCCUGAUUCUGUUUGUUUUUUUACGAUAAAUAUAUGAAAAACUAUGUAUGUUUGUAAGUAUGUAUCUUUGUACAGUAUGUAUGAUUCGUGUUGUAUGAAAUGUCUCUUGUGCAAUAGCCUUGUGUGUCCAGUAGCACGCUGCCUGUGUUAAACCGGUACAAUCUGAAACACUAAUAUUGGUACAUAAACAUUUUGUAAUUGCAUUCCCUUUUUAUAAAAUAAAUGAAAAAUAAUCAA